UCGUGCACACAAUCCGGGAUCGCCGACAUGGCCGCGGCCGUGCGAUGCCUCGGUAGAGUCUUGAUACAUCUUCAAAGGCAUAGUCUCUCCAAGAUGGUUUGUCAGACACCCCUUUAUCCUGGUUCUGUGUAUCUUCGAGUGCCUAACAGACAUUUUGCUGCUGCUGCUGCAAAGCCUGCAAAAAAGUCCAAAAAAGAUGCUAAAGGGAAAACAUCGGAUGAAAAAACAAUUGAUAUCGAAAAAAUAAAGUCAUACCCCUACAUGGAAACUGAACCUGAGGAUGAUGUCUACUUAAAACGCCUGUAUCCAAGGCAGAUGUAUGAGGUGGAGAAAGCUAUUCAUUUGCUUAAGAAAUACCAGAUUCUGGACUUUACUAAUCCAAAGCAAGGUGUCUAUCUUGAUUUGACACUGGAUAUGGCAUUAGGGAAGAAGAAAAAAGUGGAGCCGUUUGCCAGUGUUCUUGGUUUCCCAUAUCCGUUCCUUUCAGAAAUCAAUAAAGUUGUUGUAUUUACAGGGAAUGCCUCAGAGGUUAAAACAGCAGAAGAAAACGGAGCUGCAUUUGCAGGAGGAGCAGAUUUGAUUCAGAAGGUUUUGGAUGAUGAAAUUAAACCAGAUUUUUAUGUCGCUGUUCCAGAAAUAAUGCCUGAGCUUAAUCCAUUAAGGAAGAAAUUGCAAAAAAGAUUUCCAAAAUUAAGCCGAAAUUCCAUUGGCCGUGACAUUCCCAAAAUGCUUGAAUUAUUUAAAACUGGACAUGAAAUCAAGGUUGAUGAAGAGAGGGAGAACUUUCUCCAAACCAAAAUUGCAACACUGGAUAUGCCAAGUGACCAGAUAAUUGCCAAUCUGCAAGCAGUUAUAAAUGAAGUUUGCAGGCACAGACCACUGAGUUUGGGACCUUUUGUGAUUCAUGCUUUCCUUCGAAGUUCAACAAGUGAAGGCCUGUUGAUAAAGAUUGAGCCUUUAUUACCUAAGGAAGUAGAAACCAAAGGAAGUAAUAAAGAAGCUUCCUGAAAGUGUAACGUUGUGAAAUUAUUUCCAGUGGAUUAAGAAGCAACAGAGAAAGUUAUAAAAC